AUGCCACCAGAGGAUGAGCCGCAAGCCACUGCUGCUGCUGCUGCAGCAGAUGGCAGCAGCGGCAUCCACAGACCGCUAUGCAAAAACAGCAGCAACAAUAGUGGCAGCAGCAGCAACAAGAGCAUAAGCAACGCGAGCAGCAGCAGCAGCAGCAGCAACAGCAGCAGCAGCAGCAGCGGCAGCAGCAGCGAGCAUGGAGCUGCUGAGGGCGGCACAGUAGGAGACGCCCAGGCUAGCAGCCGCAGAGCUGUUUACAGCAAUGGCGAGGGCAGCAGCAGCAGCGACUGCAGCAGCAGCAACUGCAACAGCAGCAGCAGCAGCAGCAGCAGCAACAGGAGAGACGAUGCCGCAGCCGAUCUUGUGCCUUUAGCAGCUGCUGCUGCAGAACAAGCCAGGCCUGGCGUGGGCACCGCUGAAGAGCCCAGCAGCAGCAGCAGCAGCAGCAACAGCAGCAGUAGCAGCAACUGCAGCAGCAGCAGCAGCCUUGACCCUCACACUCAAGGACCUGCUACUUUAGGCCUACCAGGAGAUGCCUUGAGCAGCAGCAGCAGCAGCAGCAGCAGCAGCAGCAGCAGCAGCAGCAGCAGCGGGUGGAAUGGCCCCCGCGGAGAUGGAGCUAAUAACAUUGAAGCAUCGGCCGGCGCAUUUGCUGCAGUAGCUGUUAUAGUUGCUGCAGCAGCAGCAAGAGCUGCGGCAGCAAAUGCAGCAGCAGCUACUGCAGCAGCAGCUACUGCAGCAGCAGCAGCAGCAGCACCAACGCAAGCAACAACACCAGCGACGACACGAGCAGCAGCAGCGCCGACAGCUCCUGCAGAAGCUGCAGCAGCAGCAGCAGAAGCAGCAAGAGCUAGUGUUGAAGAGCGCAGCAGCAGCAGCAGCAGCAGCAGCAGCGAAGGCAGCAGCAGCAGCAACGGCGAAAGCAUCAUUAACGGCGCACGCAGCAGUAGCAGCAUCACUAGCAGCAACGAAGGCAACAGCAGCAGCAACAGCAACGGCGAGUGCAGCGGCAGCAGCAGCAGCAGCAGCAGCAGCAGCAGCAAUCGGCCUCGCCUAACUGCGUACAGCUUCAUCCCUGGCAAGGGCAGCAGAAAGACCAGCAGCAGCAGCAGCAGCAGCAGCAGCAGCAGCCCUUCUGCAGCUCGAGAAGCAGGUAGCACCAACAGAGACAGCGGCAGCCGCAACGGCAGCAGCAGCAGCAGCAGCAGCAGCAGCAGCAGCAGCAGCCGCAGAGAGGGCGCAUCGCCGUUUGAGUGCAGCAUUUGCAUGGACGAAGUCUCAGACCCUGUAGUCACUCGCUGCGGCCACCUAGUAAGUCCUGCGGCUGCUGCUGUUGCUGCUGCUGCUGCUGCAGCUGGUGCGUUGCUGCUGUUCCUGCAGCAGCAGCUGCUGCCGCGCAGUAGCAGCUGCUGCCUGCUCGCUGCUGCAGCUACUUGCUGCAUGCGUGCUUCAGACGUGACCGUGUCAGCAGCAGCAGCAACAGCAGCAGCAAAUAGUGCAAGGGCAGCAGCAGCAGCAGCAGCAGCAGCAGCAGCAGCAGCAGCAGCAGCAGCAAAUAGCGCACCGACAGGAGCAGCUCUUAAGUUUCCUCUCUACCUGUGGCAGUCCCGCUCCAUCGCCACGCCCUUACCCCCUGCAAUCACCACCGCAGCCCCACCCAGCCGGCCCCGCGCUGAACGGCCCGCAGUUUCGCCGACUCGAAGGAACAGAUUUCUGCCGCAAGGAGUUUCUUUUUCUUUUGGGGUUUUCCCUUUUAAUGUUGGCUUCUCCUUUGCUGGCGAUGCUGCUGCUGCUGCUGCUGCUUCCUUCGGCAGCAGAGACACUUUUGCGCACUCUCCCCAGUGGCGCCCAGCAGCAGCAAUAGCAGCAGCAGCAACAGCAAUAGCAGCAGCAGCAGCAGCUGCAAUAGAACCAGCAGCAACUGCUGCAGUAUUAGCAGCAACGGCAGCUGCUGCAGCAUCAGCAGCAGCAUUAGCAGCAGCAGCGUUAGCAGCAGAAGAGGCAGCAGCAGCGAUAGCCAUGGUCAUUACCUGCAGCAGCAGCAGCAGCAGCAACAGCAGGGCCGCAGGAGCAGCAGCGACAGCAGCAGCAGCAACUUGA